UUAACACCACUCCAUGUUUCAUUCUCUCAACUCAACAUCAAUACUGUUCCACUUAUUAGAAACAAAGCAAGCAAAAUCCAAAAUCAGUGAGAUAUGGCGUCAGAACAACUUAGUCGUAGAGAAAACACCACAUCCGAGAGAGACAUUCAUUUGGAGGAGAACAGAGUCCCUAAAAUGGCUACUCAUUUCGAAUCUCUUGCCGAGAAAUCCAGGCAGUCCGAUGUGGGUGCUGCUGCUGCCAAGCACAAUCCUAUUCAUGGUGAGCGCCAUGAAUUUCACUCCCUUGAAGGGAAAGUCGGUGACGUGAAUGUUUCCGCUACCAUAAUCGCCAAAACGGAAGCAGGUGAUCAGGCCAGAGAAGGAAGAGGGAAACAGCUUCAGGAGAGAAAGGGAGAACCUUACGCGAUAGGGAAAUUCCAAGUGACUGCUCCUGGAGCUGGGGCUGGAGCUGGAGCUGGACAGGAGAGAGGUACUUCAAUGGCGUCUAAGGCCGAACACGAGAGUGAUAAAGAGAAAGGACGACGGAGUUAUGCUGCUGGAACUGGACAGGAGAGAGGUACUUCAGUGGCGUCUAAGGCCGAACACGAGAGUGAUAAAGAGAAAGGACGACGGAGUUAUGCUGCUGCUGCUGCUGGACAUCGACAAGAGAGAGGUGCUUCAAUGGAGUCCAAGGGCAGCAAACAAGAGAGUGAUAAAGAGCAAGGACGCCGCACUCAAAUGGCUAGUAGCGAAGACGGGGUUAAUAAGGGAGCUAAAAAAGAGGGUGGUGAGAAACAAGAGCAGUUAUCUGUAGAAGAGAUAUCUAAGCUCAGAGCAUCAGCUCAACAGAAUUCAAUGGAGACCCUAAGGGCUGCCGAAGAACGGUAUAACCAGGCCAAGGAAUCGGCUGCCCAAGCGCUUAAUACCGCCGCUGAUUACACCAAAGAAAAGGGCCAGCAAGCCAAGGAAACCGCUGUUCAAAGCGCUCAGUACGCCACAGAGAAAGGCGGACAAGCAAAGGACACCAUCAUUGAAGGUGCAAAAAGGACUACACAAUACAUUGCAGAGAAAGGAACCCAGACAAAAGACACUGCAGCUGAAACCCUAGCAAGUGCCGGCAACUACACAGCGCCCAGAGUAGAACAGGCGAAAGACUAUGCCUUGCAAACGGCAGUGAAAGCCAAAGACUCCGCAGUUGAUGUCAGCAAAAACAUUGCGAGUUAUGCUGGGGAAAAAGCAGUGGUGACCAAGGAUGUGACGGUAGAGAAAAGCAAGGAGGCAGCUGAAUUAGCGGGGAAAGUGGCUGUCGAUGUGAAGGACAAGGCCGUCGUAGCUGGAUGGAGUGCGGCACACUAUACGACUGAGAAAGCAGUGGAAGGAACAAAGGUGGCGGCGAAGAUGGUGGAGGGAGCAGCGGAGUAUGCUGGUAAAAAAUCAAUGGAGCUUGCUGCCAAGCCAAUAAGGGCGGCCAAGGAUGCUGCUUCAGCUGCUGGCGAGACUCUGAAAGAGUAUACCGCCAGGAAAAAGGAAGAGGCAGCGAGAGAAUUAGAAGCUAAGAGAGCUACUGAAACACAGGGUGAUAUCAGUAGUUACCGAGAAGAAGAAACCCAAGAAAGAUCGAGCGAGAGCCAACAACAAAUGGAGGAUUUGGCCAUAAAACCCAAAGAGAAAUUCGAGAAAACUGCAAAGCCAAUUGGAAAUGCCCUGACGCAAACCUUUCAGGGGUCAUCAGAGCCUAACAAAACCGGUGAAUUAACACAGGAAACUGAGAAGAGAAGCCAGGUGGAAGAAGAGAGAAUCAAAAAAGUGCCGAUGGAGGGCGUAGAGAGAAGAAUGGAGAGUGGGGCAGAGAAAACAGUUGAGGGUUCAGGCGUUAGAGAAGAGGAGGAGGAGGAAAACCAAACAGGUGUAUUGGGAGCCAUUGCUGAAACCAUAGUGGAAAUUGCCCAAAACACCAAGGACCUUGUUAUCGGACCCGACGACCAACCCAGUACUCAGAGCGCCAACCGUUGUGACUGACGAUAAUAAGCACCCAGCAAGCCACAACAUACAACGUGGAACCCAAACCAAUAUAUAUGAUGUGAUUGGCUUAGAUAUUGUGUUUAUUUGCUAGUCUUUUAAAUAAAUAGGAAUUCUAAA